AUGGCGCCCGACCACACAACCAAGAAGCGACGCCGCGAGCCUUACAACGUCGACACAAAGCUUGUGGAGAUCUACGAGGACCUCGCCAGCGAGAAGGACGAGAUUCGCCUGAAAGCUGCGCAAAGUCUCGUCUCGCAGUUCACGCCGGAUAAGGCACCGGCUGACGACCAGAUCAAGAGAACCCUGCAGAGGCUCUUCCGCGGUCUCUGCAGCAGCCGGAAGGCAGCGCGGAUUGGCUUUUCCAUUGCGUUGACGGAGAUCCUCACCCAGAUCUUCUCGACUACCCGCGAGUCUUCAGAAUUUGGUAUCGCCGAUGUGCUUAAGAUUUGGGAGUCGCAGUCCAAUUCUUCGGGAAGCGAGUCGGGACAGGAGCAACGCGACCACCACUUUGGCCGUUUGUUCGGUGCAGAAGCGAUCAUUAAAUCCAACAUCCUCUUCGAACCCUCCGUACCCUUUACCGAAUGGAACAAGGUGCUUGACCUCAUCUUCGAACUUGCACAGAAAAAGCCGUGGCUUCGUGAAGAAUGCGGCUGGAUCCUCUAUCGCUGUGUCUAUGACCUCGCCGCGCGUGGUGCCGACGCCAAGUACGUAGAGGCUGCGGUGCACUCUCUGAGCGCCUACGAUUUGGUCCGCUGCCCCGAAGGUGUCGCGGUUUGGCUCGCUGUCAAGGACAUGUUUCCAAACGCUAGCCUUCCGAGCAAAGCCUGGAAGCACGAUGACCCUCUGGACCCUAAGGAGCGCAGCAGUUUGUCCAAGAUCAUGAAGGAGUCUUCUUCAGGAGAUUCGCAGGGCGGCGGCCAGGGUAAUCCCAAAUCCUCUGGAGUGUGGAAUUCUAAGCUUCAUUUUGCUUGGGAUGCUGUUAUUUCUCGCACGAGUGACGUGUCGAGGGAUACAAAGUCCAAGUCAUCCAAGUCUUCGCGCUUGUCAUUCACCGAUUUCUGGGUGGAAGUUGUGGACAAUGGACUUUUCGCGUCGUCGUCUUCCGAUGAGCGAAAAUACUGGGGCUUCCUCCUCUUCAACAAAAUCCUCAAUGAGGGCUCAGAACAGCAGGCUGCUCACAUCUUCAGCAAAAACCUCGUUCGCUGCCUUACAAACCAGCUCGCAGUGGAGGACCGCUACCUUCACCGAAUGGCCGUCAAGGCCUCCAAGGCAAUCCAGGCCCGUGUGUCUAAAGAGCCUGGAUUCGCUGCCGCUGCAGUCCGCGGGUUGAUGGGGGCGAGCGGAGCCGUGAACUUCGACCAAGCCACUAAGACCAAGACCAUUGAGAAGAUUGUGGCAGAUGCCAACCACGAGGCCUUGCAGGAAAUUAUUCCUCUGUUCGAAGAACUUCUCCGACGCCCCGGCACAAGCGACGAAAAGGCCGCUGCGUCUAACCGCCACUUCAUCGCCAACCUUCUGCUCUCGAUUGUGCGAUCAAAGGCGUCCACCGGUAAUGAUGACUCGGACGAAGACUAUCAAGCUGUGCUUGAGCAGAUUUUGGCUAUCUUUGUUCGCUUUGCGUACUUCAUGAUGAACACCGGUGACCCUGCCACCGCUCCGGAGCCCGUGCUGUCUCAGGUCACCCAAGAAGUGUUGCGCAGCAGGAUCAAUUCUGCUUUGAACAGUCUCCUUGCCUCGCAAAAGUAUGCGUCGUCCAUUCCCUAUGCAGUCGUGAAACAGAUUCGCGAUGCAGCGAAGUCGGAAGAAUAUGGCAAGUUCAUCAUCUUCAUCGAUGAUAAAUUGCAAGAGUCUGUGAAGACUGCUUUCAAGUCUUUGAAGAAGCUUUCUAGCAAGGAGAAGAAGGGAGAGACAUCUGGCAUCGGUGCUUUCAAGCUUCUCUACUCGAUGACCGUCUUGCAGGUGUACAAUGGCGACGCAGAUGCAGUGUCGAUGUUGGAUGAGCUCGAAUUCUGCUAUUCGAAGUUCUUAGGUGACGAGAAGACGAAGGACAAUGCUGAUGCAUCGGAUGCCUUGGUUGAGAUCCUGCUUAGCUUCGCCUCUAAGCAAUCGCAGCUUUUCCGUCGCAUGAGUGAGCAGGUCUUUGGGGCCUUUGCCGACCAGGUCACUGAGAACGGCCUGGAGUCUUUGAUCUCGAUUCUGGAAGCGAAAGAAAGCUUGGCUGGCCAGCAAGAGAUGUUUGAUAACGACGAGGAUGACGAUGUCGAAGACGUGGAAGAAGCCGACGAUGACGAUGAUGCGGAGAUGAUCGACGUCGAUGAGGACGACAGUGACGUUGAAGUCAUUGAAGCUGGAAACGCAUCAGACUCCGACAACUCGAAUGAAGAAGAGUCGGGAGACGAAGGAGAAGAUCCUGCUGAACUCGCAGACUUCGAAGCCAAGCUCGCUGCAGCACUUGGCAACUACGGCGCUGACCAGGAUCCCAAUGCGGACGAUUCCGACGCCGACAUGAAUGACGACGAAAUGGAAGCUGUCGACGACAAGCUGGCACAGGUCUUCCGCGCCCGCAACAACGCCGCCUCUCAGAAAAAGGACAAGAAGGAUGCCCGCGAGAACAUGAUCAACUUCAAGAACCGCGUGCUGGACCUGCUCGAGAUCUUCGUCAAGAAGUGCCAUUCCCGCGUUCUGGCGCUUGAUCUCCUGCUUCCUUUGCUGCGACUCACUCGCCGAAGCACUGUCAAGCAGAUUGCCGACAAAGCCAAUUCCGUUUUGCGCGAAUACACGAAAUUGUGCAAGGGCCCCGCUCUUCCCAAACUCGCCGACGACAUUGAGCCCGUGUGGGAGCUCCUUCGUGCUAUUCACAAGGAGGCUAGCCACAGUGGUCCGCCGACCCAUUCGACUGCUUGCAGCCAGGCCAGUCUGCUUCUGGUGAAGGUUAUUGUUGGCCACGACAAGGCGUUGAUUACUGGCGUGGUUGAUAUCUAUGCUGACACUCGAAAAGACCAGCUCUGCAGCACCAAGUGCCACGUCCAGCCUUCGUUCUUCACGGACUGGAACAACUGGUGUGUGUCGGCAAGCAAGCAGUUGAAGAGCCAACAAUAA